GGAAAAAAGCCUUGACUGCGAUCUUUGAGAAGCUGGAGAGGCCUCAGUACAAGAAGAUGGUGGAAUUCUAUGAGAAAAAUCAAGGUCCUGCACAGAAAAGGCUCACUGCCAAGUUUAAGGAGGAGCUUCCUGAGAAGCUCAUUCAGAUGUUUGGCAUGGAUGGAUCCAUCUCUUUGGUCAAUUAAGCAAUGAAGGAGAUACCAAGGAACGACCCUGGUGUCCAGAACCUGCUGCGUCCAUUUGUGGACAAACUGGGAAAGAAUGAAGAAAACCAGGCAGAGGGUCCAAAGACCAGGUGCCGACCUGAGCAGAUGUCAAACAUCUCAGAAGAUGUGUGGAAACACAACAUGACCACGAUCUUCAGAAAGCUGGAGAGAUCUCAGUACAAGAAGAUGGUGGAAUUCUAUGAGAAAAAUCCAGGUCCCUCACAGAAAAGGCUCACUGCCAAGUUUAAGGAGGAGCUUCCUGAGAAACUCAUUCAGACAUUUGGCAUUGAUGGAUCCAUGUCUUUGGUCAAUGAAGCAAUGAAGGAGAUACCAAGGAACGACCCUGGUGUCCAGAACCUGCUGCGUCCAUUUGUGGACAAACUGGGAAAGAACCAAGAAAACCAGGCAGAGGGUCCAAAGAUCAGGGGCCGACCUGAGCAGAUGUCAAACAUCUCAGAAGAUGUGUGGAAACACAACAUGACCACGAUCUUCAGAAAGCUGGAGAGAUCUCAGUACAAGAAGAUGGUGGAAUUCUAUGAGAAAAAUCAAGGUCCCUCACAGAAAAGAAUAACUGCUAAGUUUAAGAGGGAACUUCCUGAGGAACUCUUUCAGAGAUUUGGCGUAGAGGGAUCCAUUUCCUUGGUCAAUGAAGCAAUGAAGGAGAUACCAAGGAACGACCCUGGUGUCCAGAACCUGCUGCGUCCAUUUGUGGACAAACUGGAAAAGAACCAAGAAAACCAGGCAGAGGGUCGGCAAACCAGGAUCCAACCCGAGCAGGCCACAACAUCACAUGAGAGGCUUUUGAGUGUGAUAGAGGAUCUGAAUCAAAAGGAAGUUAGAACUUUCAAAUGGCACCUGAAGAGCCUACAUAGGAGUCCAGGCCCCCUGAGUAUCCCAGCAAGUCGAGUGGAAAUGGCAGAAUCUACAGACCUGGUGGAUCUGAUUUUACAAGUCUACACCACAUCUGCUUUGGAAAUUGCCAAGGAAAUUCUUAAGAAAAUGAAGAGGAAUGAUUUGGUGCAGACGAUUUCAUGCGCCUGCUCAUGACCAGAUUGGGUUGUAUUUUUUUUAAAGGGGCUGAUAUGGCAAAAUGCCUUUCCUCUAGGUCCUAUCAGAAAAUUUAGAUUUCUCUAAUUUUAUAUAUUCAUUUAUCCUAUUUACUCACUAUAAAGUUUUCAACCAGUCUGUUUCACCUGCAAGGCCACGCCAUUCUCUGUGGGAUGGUGUUUCUAGACUAGACAUAGCUUCUUCCAAUAACAAACCAGAUUCUUUCUCAAGGUUUAUUCAUAACAUGUUACUGUUAACCAAAGUGUCUGUAAUUUGUUUUGACUCUGACUACCUUUCCAUUGUUGUAAGUAAAGGGGAACGGACGCUGCUCGGGUUGAACAGGGCUGAAUGCUGUGCCAUAAGGGCU